AUGAAAGUCUGCUCUGUGGUUCUGGCUUUGGCCAGCAUUGCAACUGCUCAUUACGUUUUCCCUUCCGUGACCUAUAACGGCAAGACAACGCAGGACUGGGAGGUUGUUCGAAAGACGGCCAACUAUCAAUCUAAUGGACCGGUCACAGACGUGAAUAGCCAGCAGAUGACAUGCUACCAGUUGGCAUCUGGUAAUCAGGGAGCCAAGGUCCUUGAUGUAACUGCUGGGUCUACAAUCGGAUACAACGCGAAGGCGUCUGUCUCUCAUCCCGGACCAGUCAACUUUUACAUGGCCAAGGCAACCUCUGGGACCAGCAUCACCAAUUUUAACGGCGCCGGGAAAGUGUGGUUCAAGAUAUACAACGAUGGCCCAACUGUCACUUCCGGUGGCUUGACUUGGCCAACUUCAGGCAAAACAACCCUCAACGUCCAAAUUCCAAGAUGCCUCGAGGACGGUGAAUACUUUCUCCGUGUCGAGCACAUCGCUCUGCACAGCGCCAGCAGUCCUGGCGGCGCGCAGUUGUACAUUUCCUGCGCGCAGCUCCGCGUUACCGGCGGCACAGGAACGUACAAGCCCAACCUCAUGUCAUUCCCUGGCGCAUACAGUUCUAACGAUCCUGGACUUGUUGUGAACAUCUAUUACCCAGUCCCACAAAAUUAUAAGGCUCCGGGAGGCUCUCCGCUCGUCUGCUAG